AUCUGCAACCUAACAUAUUCUUCACAUCUUAAUCAGGCACAAAGCAAUCAUGUCUAAAAGAGAGAGACUCUUUCACGAAUGGUUCAAUCUAUUCGCACUGAUCUGGAUGAUCAUCACCGACAUAUGUUUUAACGCGCACUGUUUGAAGGAUCUGAAGAUAUUCGUGCCGGAGGCGGUUAUAAUGGGCAAUGCAGCGACCCUCUCAUGCCAAUACGAUCUAGGGCAGGCUGCUCUCUAUUCGGUUCGCUGGUAUUUCGGCACUGAGGAAUUUUAUCGCUAUGUGCCCAAGGAGUCACCGCCCACGCUGGUCUUUCCGGUGUCUGGCAUUAAUGUCGAUCUCACAAACUCAGACGCCACUUCGGUGACGCUUAAGGGUGUCAACCGCGAACUAACCGGCAAUUACCAGUGCGAGGUGUCCGAAGAUGAGCCACUCUUCCACACCGACAUACGCGCCGCACACAUGCAGGUCAUCGAACUACCCAAGGAUGAGCCAGCCAUGCAGGUGGAUAAGAAGGUCAUCACUAUGAAUGACAACUUCAAGGCUGUCUGCACGGUGGGGCCGUCAUAUCCGCCGGCCAACAUAACAUGGUACAUCAAUGGACGUAAGAUCUACAAAACACCCUUUCAACGCAUCAACCACGUCGCUUUCGAAGGCUCCUCCACAUACUCCUCUCUGGAAAUCUCUCCGCACAGCCAGGUGCUGCAAGGCUUCUUCCAGACGGUGCCCAAAUACCAGACAACAAGUAUACUGCUGCUUUGCGAGGUCUCCAUACUGCAUGUCUUUCAUAAGAAUGUGCAACAACGCCUGCUGCUGAGCAUAACGCCGCCCACCACCAUCUCGCCCAACUUGCUCGGCCUGGAGGGUUCGAAACGCAUCAACGGCGAUCCAGACAACUCGGCACUCACAGGUGGCGUCGCCAGCAGCCACAACAGCAGGCAACGAAUAGGGGGCGUGUUCGCGAUCGUCGGCAUGGCUUUCUUUGCUCUGCUGGCGGUGGGCGUGUGUCAUGGCGCUACGAUGGGCAUGCUUGCCGAUAAAACAAUGUCACCGCUUGCAAUUCUGCCUGCUGUCGCAGAGAUUUCAUCGAAGCGCCAGGCGGUGGUUGUUGCGACGUCGGCGUCGUUGGCGUCAAGCGUGCCAGCUGAGCGGAAAGCCUUGCCACAGCUGUGACCUCAAAGCAGCGUAUAUAUUGAUGGUGACAACGUCAGUGAUGGCAAACAAAAUGCAACAACUACAAAGUAAAUAAAUAACGGUAGUCUUCGUUACUGGAUACAGCAGCGAGUGCAAAAACAAAAUAAAACAGAAACGGCACUGCCAGCAGCAGGCGUUAUGGAAGGCUAACACGGCAUGCAAACUAUAACAGUAGAGAAAUGUUAAUUUAAUGCAACAACAACAAAAAACACAUGAAAAACCUAAUCAAAAUGGCAAACAAUGCAAAUUCAUUUUGCACACGAAAUUUAAAUGAGAACCAAAAGCAAAAAAAAAAAAUAAAGAAAAUUGGAAACAAAUGAAAUCUAAUAUUAAGCAUAUAUAGCGGUAAAUUUAGCAAAAAAAAAUAUAUAUUGCAAAUAUGUCUGGUAUAAAUAAAAAUAAAUACAAAAAAGGCGUAAAGAAAAUAGUGAGAAAUAAUUAUAAUGAAAUUAAUUGAAACAUUUGAUGACUGCUGUGAGGAUCAAACACUACAAAAACAAAAACA